GUAACCACGAAUUUCUCAAAAAAAUUGUGAUGAAAAUUGUUCGGUCCUGAUUAUCUCUGUGUGUUGAGAAGUGAGAAGCAGCAUAGACGGAGGAGGAGAAGAGAUGGAGAGUGCGAUAUGUGGGAGAUUAGCUCUCGCACCAAGCUCUCUCUUCAAUUCCAAAUCAGGUAAAAGGAAAAAAAUCGAAGGAAGAAGAGUUGAUAUACCAGAAGCGAUCGACGACAACAGGCCAUUGUCGGUCGACAGAGCAUCACGAGUAUCGAUCGAUCGCCACUUAACUGUGUUGAUCUACGCUCACCAUCAGCGAUCAGACAUAUCGUUUCACCUUGUUAAAUAUUGUUCUUAUGGGGACAAACAUUCUGUCUCAAAAGGACCAUGGGUGAACAAUCGUGGAGUUCUCAUGACUAUGUCUGCAAUGGGUAAAGGAGGCGGUGUGUUGGACAAACCAAUUAUAGAGAAAACCACUCCUGGUCGCGAAUCCGAGUUUGAUUUGAGGAAAUCAAAGAAGAUGGCUCCACCUUACAGGGUGAUACUACACAACGACAACUUCAACAAGAGGGAAUAUGUGGUUCAGGUGUUGAUGAAGGUCAUACCAGGCAUGACUGUAGACAACGCAGUCAACAUUAUGCAAGAAGCCCACAUCAAUGGUUUGGCGGUUGUGAUCGUCUGUGCUCAGGCCGAUGCAGAGCAACACUGUAUGCAGCUGCGUGGUAACGGCCUUCUCAGUUCCGUUGAACCUGACGGUGGAGGCUGCUGAAUACUCUAGUUAAAAUUCGUAAAGAUUUUUCCACCUCCCAGGACUCUCUAUUUAGUUAAAACAAAAAUGUCCUUUAAUGUACACAAAUAUCAGAAAUUUGGUACAAGACUGUUAACUAUAUGCAAGGAACCUUCCCUUUAUAGAUGCUU